CAUAAUUAUUAUUAGUCAUAUUUUUCAACCUAUAUAACAAGGUCUUCUCUUCCUCCAUUCUUUCAUCAACUGCAACCAAAAACAAGCAUCAGCAAAAACAACCCUUGAAGAAAGAGGGAGUGAAGAAGAAAAAGAAUAAGAAAAAGAAGAAGAAGAAGAUCGAAGUCAAAGGCGUCGAAACUUCGAAGAAAGAGCUAGAAAGAUGGGAAGAGCUCCAUGUUGUGACAAAGCUAAUGUGAAGAAAGGUCCAUGGUCUCCUGAAGAAGAUGUUAAGCUUAAGGCUUAUAUCGAGAAAUAUGGUACCGGUGGUAAUUGGAUCGCGCUUCCUCAGAAGAUCGGGCUUAAGAGAUGUGGAAAAAGCUGUAGAUUGAGGUGGUUGAACUACCUAAGACCCAAUAUCAAACAUGGCGGUUUUACCGAGGAGGAAGACAACAUCAUCCUCAGCCUCUACAUUAGCAUUGGUAGCAGGUGGUCAAUAAUAGCAGCACAGUUACCAGGAAGAACAGACAACGAUAUAAAGAACUACUGGAACACAAGACUUAAGAAGAAGCUCCUAGGAAGAAGAAAGCAACAACACCAAAACGGCUCCAAGGACGAGCUGCCUACGUUAAGCAGCUCGGCCAUGGAGCGACUUCAGCUCCAUAUGCAGCUUCAAAACCAACAAGGAGGGAUUCAAAACAAUCCUCUUUCUCUUUUCAACAACCCCGCGAUUUGGCCUAAACUUCACCCUCUUAUUCAAGAGAAACUUAUCCAAACUAACCUCCAAUCUCUCAACCCACAAAUGAUCCAAUACCCUAAUUAUAGUAACCUUGGUUUGUUUCAACAAACCUCGAGUUCAGUCCACUUACAAGCCCAAAACAACAACAACGAUAAUGAUAAUAAUAAUAAUAAUAAUAAUGGUAUUUCCAUUAGUAAGGAGCAAGUUGAAGAGUUGGAAAACUCUUCAGGAAGCUCAGAUCUUGUUAAUAACAAUAAUGAUAAUGAUAACGAUAACAAUAACAAGACUAGUGUUAUUGGUAACUUUGGUGGUUUAAUAAACCCUAGUAGUGUUACAAAAUCUGAAGGGUAUUCUACAGGUAUGCAGAGAGUUUUAAGCUUUCAAGCCGAGCUUAAUGAGCUUCUUGGUAGUGAUAAACUGGCCGGGAACGAGUUCGAGGGGAUCACUUGGUGGUCUAAUGAUCCUAACACAACAGCUAGUUGCUGGGAUGCGGCUUCAAAUGUUGUUCUUCAGUCUGAGAAUAGUGUUACUACUACUACGACUAUGUUGUAUAAUCAAGAUUAUGCUUAAUUAGUUGUUUUAAUGGUGUUAUUUGUUAUUGUUAAUUACUUGUUAAGUAAUUGUAAUUAGAGGUUAAUUAUAUAGGAAUUGUAAGAUCGAUUUAGGUAUAGGUCUUGUGAGGUGUUGUGUUAUGAAUUCAUGGAAGAAAAGGGAGGGCCUUGGAUAAACAAAGUGGUGUUGGUUCAUCGCUUCUUGUAUAUUGUGGAGGUGACUGUAAUCAUUUUAUAAUAAUAAAGUUUGUUAUUUUCUAUAGAA